AUGUGUCGACAAAAGAAUCAACCAUGGAAGAAGCAUCAAGUUGAUAUGAAAUCAUUGCAGGAAGAAAUUCGUCAACUUAAAGAAAAAUUAACUGAAAGUCAGAAGGCAAAUGAUAAACUUAAUGAUUUGAAUUUGAAGCUAUGGAAUGAUUUAAAACAACUUGGUGAUUAUGUCAAUACAUUGAAAAAAACAAUUGAAGAUCUUCAAACGAAAUUGAACCAACAAAAUGAACUUAGCUUCAGUUCGAGUUCCCUUAAAUGCGUAUGGAAUCCCAUGAAUGGGUAUGGAUCUGGUCCGAAACUGACUGGACUUCGCUUGAGAUAG